AUGGGUUCUGAAUUGUUGGUUCUGUUAGUUGUUCAUCUAUUAGGUACCACCAGUGCAAUCUCAGACGCCGCCGGCAGGAUCACUUCGUGCCCCAUGGACAUGGGCUAUGUGCAGAGAAUUCCAUGGGACACCUCAACAUGCUCUAGCUACCCAAGGAACAUGGCCAACUGCUGCCAGACGCUUCUCAGCCUCUUCGGCAUCGCCCUUGCUGUACGCCUCAAGGAGAUCUCGCUCUUCCAUCUCCCCGACAUCCCCACUUCCUCUACUUGCAUUGCUGACUUCCAGUCCCAACUCAACUUUCUGUCUCUCUCUUCCAAUCUCACCUCAGUCUGCUUCAACGAUCCAAGCCAUUUUGUAGAAGGCCACCCACUUUGUGCAGGUAUCAGGACCAAGCAAGAUUGGGUUGACAGGCUUGGGCCCUCCACUGCACUCGACACAGCAUGCCGACCGGAUCUCACUUCUGGCACCGCCUGUCAUGCCUGCCUUACUGCAGGGUUGAAGGUUCAGAAAAAGUUAGUUUCGAUUGAUGGCAACAUAGGACAUGCUCUUGAUUGCUUUAAUUUCACAGUUCUCUAUGCUGCUGCCUUUGCAAAUGACUAUGCCCCCGAGAGCACUCGUGCUGCCUGUAUAUUUGGGCUGCCACUGGCCUCAUCUGAGGAUUCAGAGGAGCUCUUGGCUCUUGUAUCCGCCUUGGCUGGUGGUGCAGUGGUUGUUGCACUUAUGUCUUGCAUAUUGGGCUUAUGUUUUUGGUUCAACAUGGUUUCAGGCGAUAUCAGUGUCAAGUCUAAGUUGGAGAAAAUAUCCAGGCGCAGAGUGAGACCCAAUACAGUGUCAAUAUGGUUCAAAAUUGGUGAGCUUGAGAAGGCCACAGAUAACUUCUCACAGAAGAAUUUAAUUGGGCGUGGCGCGUUUGGAGUUGUCUAUAAGGGCACCUUAUCGAAUGGAACUCCUGUUGCUGUGAAGAAGAUCAUAGAAUCAGAAUUUCAAGGGGAUGAAGAAUUCUGCAAUGAAGUUCAGAUCAUUAGCAACUUGAAGCACCGGAGUCUUGUCCCACUCAGAGGCUGUUGUGUGGUUGAUGAGGAUGUUGAUGAAGAGAAAGGAAAACAGAGGUAUCUCGUGUAUGAUUACAUGCCCAAUGGCAGCCUUCAUGAUCAUCUCUUCUAUCCAUUCAACAACCAGAUGAACAGAAGCAGAAGGCAGCCUCUCAGUUGGCCUCAAAGGAAGAACAUAAUCUUCGAUGUGGCCAGGGGUCUUGCCUACCUGCACUAUGGAGUGAAGCCUGCAAUAUAUCACAGAGACAUCAAGGCUACCAACAUACUCUUGGAUGCAGAUAUGAGGGCAAGAGUUUCAGACUUUGGACAGGCCAAGCAGAGCAGAGAAGGAGAGCCUUAUCUCACCACCAGAGUUGCUGGUACACAUGGCUACUUGGCCCCAGAGUAUGCCCUCUAUGGGCAACUGACUGAGAAGAGUGAUGUUUACAGUUUUGGGGUGGUUGUUCUGGAGAUAAUGAGUGGAAGGAGAGCACUUGACACAUCCUCAGAGUCUCCCCGAACCUUCUUGAUUACAGACUGGGCAUGGUCACUGGUUAAAGCAGGACGGAUAGAAGAAGUUCUGGAUGCAUCACUUCUGAGACAUGACAAUUCCACUAGACCCUACCCCAGGGGGAUCAUGGAGAGGUUUGUGCUGGUGGGAAUUCUGUGUUCUCAUGUCAUGGUGGCUCUGAGGCCAACCAUCUUGGAAGCACUCAAGAUAUUAGAAGGAGACAUUGAGGUUCCUCCAAUUCCAGAUAGGCCAUUUCCACUGGGCUACCCAUCUGGCCAUCUGGCCAUCUAUCCACAACAAUGAGAAAACUUUAAGAAAAUUGUCCCUCAUGAGUGUCCUUACUGCUUAAACCCUAGAGACAUAGAAAGCUUGUAUGGUUCACAAUUUGUACAUAUUUGUAAAGAGCAAAACAACACUAUCAGAAACCAAGAAAAAGAAAAAAUGGG